AUGUUUAAAGGCUUGAAUGCAUUGAUUGUAAAGCUGGAAGGCUUUCAGGACCCGAAAAAAGUUGAUAGAUUACAGUUAUCUAUCGAAAAUAACGGAGGCAUCACGUAUAUUAAGAAUGCCCACGAUAGUGAGGAUUAUUUGGAGAAAACCCAAGAGUUCAUAGAGUAUAGCACAGCUAGAGACUCGAUGAUCCCCAUUACUACUCCAGACUGGGUCCACAAAAGUACUGCAACAGGGAAAGCACUUCACGUUACCAAGUUUAACCCGGAUCCAAAGUCCUUUCUCAAGGAGUGCUUUAUUUGCAUUGGUGAUGACAUACCAAACAGCGACAAAGAAAUAAUUUAUGGCGGAGUGAAAGCUUUUGGAGGCAUGUAUUUGGAUAUGCUAACCAGUUAUACAACUCAUUUGAUAACCACUGAUCUUGAAAAUGACAAAUCGAUCUUAGCUUGCAGCAGUGAGGUAGACAUCAAGAUUGUGACUCCAAACUGGAUAGACGAUUGCUUCAAAAUGGGAAGAAAGGUGUCCGAAAAAGAAUACUACUUAGAGGUGGAUAAUUUAGCAGACAAUGAGCAAAAUCAAUUAAUUAUCAACGAAUGUCAGGCCAAUGUGGAUAAUAUGCUUAGCUUUAACACAAGUUUCUUUAAUGAUAAAAAGUUCUAUAUUUCGGCUGACUACAUGCUUUCAAAGAACCUUAGAGGAGCUAUUAAUGCCCUUAUAUUGAAGAAUGGGGGAAAGAUAUCUUCAAAGUUUACCGACAGCAUUGAUACUUAUAUCGGGAAGUAUAGGCACGGGAAAGAGUAUAAUGCGAGUGUCAAGAAUAGUGGAAUAAUCAUUGGAAACCUACAGUGGUUUUAUACUGUUGUAUUGACCAAUAAGUGGAUACUUCCCACUAAUUCCCAGCUUUUGCAUUACCCAAUCCCAUCAAAGCCGUUAACUGCUUUCAAAAAUCUCAAAAUUUCGGUAACUAAUUAUAGUCACGAAGCCAGAUAUUACUUGUCCAAAUUGAUUACCAUUAUGGGCGGCACCUUCACGAAGAACUUGACUAAAGAUAAUGAUUUUCUUAUUGUAGGAAAACCUACUGGUAACAAAUACUAUGCAGCUCACGAUAAAUGGGUAGUUGAUGGUGAGCAACUUGUUAAGACAGUUAACCAUCUCUGGCUAGAAGAAUGCUUUGCAAAUUGGCAAGUCAUGGACCACGUAAACCCCAAGUAUACUCACCUUGGAUAUGUCAGUGGUCAUGGGGUAACGAGGCUCAUAGGAAGAACUAAAUUGAAAACGAAAGUGUUAAGGGACUGGAUUGAUUUUGAUGUUGAUGACAGUAUGGAUGACGGGAUUCUUCAACCUUCAGUCGAAGAAGAGACCGAUUAUUCCAAUGAAGACGAAGAGAAAAUCCAGGAGGAAAGAACUGAGGGUUGCACGAAGCCCAAGAAUCGGAGAAUAACAAAGCAGGAAAAGAACAAGAAUAUGAAGAAGCAUCUCAAGAGCAAGAAAGAAUCACUAGCUGUGGGCGUUAACACAUCAACCCCCCCUAAUAAGAGAGGUAGAAGUGCUAAGACAAAGGCAGCAAUGAAGUUGCAUGAUGAUAUGGAAGAUCUUGUCAAACACCAGAAAAUGCUCAAAAGCUCUAAGAACUUGACCGGAUAUAUGAGGGAGUUGGAACACACUUCAAGCAAGAGACCAAAUUCCCAAGAUAAAGAAAACAUAACUCCUGUUAGCAAGAAACAAAAGGCAUUUACUCCUGAGAAGACUGCCAGUCAGUUGAGUAUGGUUGCCAUAAUGACUGGAUGCGAAAGUGAAGUGGAUUUGACCAGAGAAGAUAUCGCCAAUUUGAAAAAUUAUGGGAUCAAAAUCUCUUCAGGAGCUGGUAAGAUUAACUGUUUGAUAGCUCCAAGGAUUUUACGAACAGAAAAGUUUUUAAGCAGUUUGGGCAAAGUGGAUUUUAUUUUGCACCCAAGACUUUUGAUUGAUUUAAAGUACCUAUUAGGUAGAGGGGAAAGUCCAGAAAUUGAGAUACAAGAUUAUCGUUUGGACAAGAUUAUUCUGGUUUCAGAAGCCAAUGAACAACUUGGAUAUCUGGAUGAAGAGCUUGAAGAGGUAAAUGGCAUUGAGCAAAUACUACAUAGCCCCAGAGGACAACUUUUCGAAGGUUAUAAGUUAAAUUUAUCUGCCAAUUUGAAUGGAGGCUUCGAAGUUUUGUCAAGAAUUCUAUUGAGCCAUGGAGUAGAAGAGUUGAAACUUGUAAAUAAGACUAUCAGUAGUCAGAAGAACCUUCUUGAAUCGGAUGGCGAUAAAAUUCUAAUUGUUAACAAGACUAAAGAUGCCAAAUUAAUCAAGUCUUUGCCGAAGAAUUGUACAUUCGUUGAAUGGGACUGGUGUGUGAAAUCUAUAUUCAAGCAAAAGAUUGAACCUUUUGAUAAAUAUAUUGCCAACUGAAAUGAAAUAGUGUAUAUAUAAUAUACUUACAGUAAUAAUACUAACAAUAAAGUUGACUGAACAUUGAUCGAUUAUUGAAUACAGAAACCUCAGAUAUCAAUCAAGCUUGGACCAUCUGUUCUUUGAUUGGGAGCCGAGUUCGAGGGGGCAGCAUUUCCAAAACCAUAGCCCGUGUAUACUGGUUGCUGUCUUUGAGCUUGAGGAGCCGAUGAAGGAUUUUGACCUGGUUGAGCGGUUUGUUGAGGAAUGAAAGGGUUUCCCGUAUGAGCGUACAAAGCCUUGUCAGUUUGUUGGAUCCCAGUUCCACUGGAGGUGAGAAAAGAAGCUCCCUUUGUGUAGUGAUGUGCUACCCUUGCAUCACCGGUAUUACCAAAAGUGUCAAUACCUGUUCCUUGCGCUAAAAGAUUAUUCAAUUCAGGGUGAGAAUGAUCACCAAACUUGGAUGAUGAUGUGUUCUGAGAUUGUAACUUUUGAGUUGAUUGAGAGGUUGGUUGAGUGAAGAAUUGAGGUUGUUGUGGUUGUUGCUGCAGUUGAGCCAAAUCGUUCAAGGUUUGAGACUGAGGUUGGGCUUGCGAAGAACCCAUGGCAAACGGAUUGUUAGAGCCGGUUUGUAAGGGCUGCAACAGUUCUUGGGGUUGCUUCUGGGGCUGGUAGUUGAAACCGGUGAACUGAGGUUGAGAGGGUUGCUGCUGAUAGUAUCCGGUCAUCAUCUGGUUCUGUAUUGGAUUACCAAACAUAUCAUAUUGCUGACCAUAUUGUUGAGGUUGUUGAUAGUAUCCGGUGGCCAUGUAAUAUUGGGGUUGCUGUUGUUGGUAGUACGAAGGACCAUCAUCCAAAUCCAAUAAAUUAUCAUUUUGCUGAUUCUUGAGCUUUCUCAUUUCUUCCUCCUCCAAGGACAAUUUAAGGGCCGCUUGCAAAUCUGGAUCCUCUUGAUCUUGGUUUCUAUUUCUUUGGUUGACUUCUUGUUCUGCAGUCAAUCUUGACAAUUCCAAUGCUCUUUCCAAGUCGUUAUCAUAAGGUUCUUCCUGUCUAGAUUGAGUAUUUCUUCUACCCCGUCUUCUAUCAUCUCCUCUAGAACCAUUGGCUUUGGCAGCCAACAGUCUCUCGUGAGCCAAUCUGUCAUCAUCUCUCAAAAGACUUACCAAUUCCUUGGCCUUGACUCUUAUUAUUGCACCUUGAUCGUUAUUUCCUUCGUCAAAGUGAACAAACUCUCUUAAGGUCUUGACGAUGUACAAAUUGUCCUUAGCCCACAUUACACACUUUUCUGAUCCAAACCUUACCAAGUAGUCUAACACAGUCAAAGAUUUUGCCACGUGUCUCCAGUUUUUACCCUUAUCAUUAAGUCUCCUGUCUAACAUGUCCAUGAUUUCCAAAAAAUCUGUCUGAGAUUGAUAAGUGUAUGAACUUAUUUCUUCCAUAUCAUAGGUGGUGGGGCCUGUUGAAUCAUUUGAAGUGGCCUUUCUGACCAAGAUUUGAACAGAAGAAUAGCCAUUGGCCACAUUCUUAAUGGACCGAACAAACGAUUUAGACAUUUUUUUCUGUAAACCCUUUGCUUCAAAAGGCGUUGACCCU